GCUGAUAUUGCCUCAGUCUAGUUUCAUUUCACUGUGAGGACAUAUCAAUGCCACAAAACCUCUAUUUCCCUCCUUUUUUUGGCAGAAAUUUUGUAAAAACAGAGUAAAGUGUAAAAUUAACACAAAUAUAGUGAUGUGACGGCAGCUGAUAACUGUAAAAGGCUAGAGUAAUCUUAAAAUAUGUCUGCAGGGGGACUAAAGUUAUUGCCUAAAAAGAGCCACAGUCGGAACAUGUUGCACGAGUAGUGUUGGUUAUUCUGGGCUGACUGCAGCAGGUUUAAAGCACAGGUAAAGGCAUGAAAAACCAUAAAAGUUUAAGCUUAUGAACACGUGCUCCCAUUCCUCUUAUUUCUUUGACUCUGGCACCUCCUAGUGCUGCUUUAGUGGAAGUACCUCUUAAUGGCCUACAAUAUGUAUUAUGAGUUUUUACCACAAGAUGACACUAUUACCCACUUGGGACAAAAAAGUCCAACGUGUUGCAGAAGUUUAUACAAAUCAAAAUGUCUGAACAAUCACUGCAGAAGUGUCAUACUGUAAAUGUUGCACAAAUACUCUACAGUAUCCUGUGAAUUAAAUUUUAAAUGCACAAGUUUGACAAGCAAGAACCAUGUAGCCAUUAAUCAGAAAUUUCAAGAAGAGAUAGAAAAGUAAAGAGCAACAAUGCGGUCUUCAAAAUGCCACUUGAGACAGAUCUUCAUCGCUCAUCAUUCCUUACACAGUAUCUUUCAUUUUCUGCUUCCUUAUAUUUAUAAUAUGGUUGAAUUCCCUGCACAAUCAUAGAAACACCUUUCUGACCACAGUGUACACAUUGAAAAAAUAUUAUCAUUUUUCAAACAAUGAUUUCGGAUUACCUUUGCAACACAACCCUAACAUCUGUAUGGUGGCCCUAAGAUGCAAAACACAACAGCAAAUCAGAAAACACAACAAAAAAGAGAAAACACAAUGGCAAAUCAGAAAACACAACAAAAAAGAGAAAACACAAUGGCAAAUCAGAAAACACAACAGCAAAUCAGAAAACGUGAUGAUGUUUACCAUUGUGUUUUCUCUUUUUCUGUUGUGUUUUCUUAUUUGCUGUUGUGUUUUGCACCUCAGGGGCACCGCACAUCAGACCUUUUUUUUCUGUCACUCUGCAGCUGACAGAGAUGAGAGGCAUUUCAGUGUUUGCUGUAAUAUACCAAGAUACCACAUGAUGUUGCUGUUUCCAGAUAUAAUACAAAAUAAAUAUGUUCUGUAAAUCAGCAGACUAAAGUAGCCUGUUCUUAUAUUCAGAUUUUUAUUUUCAGGUUAUCAAACACGAUUUUAAACAAUCUUGUGAUUUUUAUGUUACACUUUUACCAAGUCUUGCUGGAACUGAAUGCUGCCAGAAAUUACACUUUACCUCUGACCACUUGUGUUCACUUUUUAAUGCUGUUUUUGAUCUAAAGUCUUGUGGACAAUCCAAGUUAUUCUCUUUCUCAGGUGGUUAAAUGGUGGCAUUUAACACUGGCACAGAAGCUAAAACUUUUUGACUGAACCAGGUUGUUUCAACAACUCAAUAUUUCGGCCAACAGAUGGAGCCAAAAGAUGGUCUUACACCACAAAGGUCUAAAUCAAAUUCCUUCUUUAUUUAGAAAAUUGUUUUUUUUAAUAGUACUCAUCAUUUUCCUCUUUCUGAAGAGAUUACUCUCACUUCUUAAAGCACUGAUUUAUUUGUUUGCUUUCACUUUUUUUUUCUCCUUUAACCUCAGUCUUUUUUUUGCUAUCUUUUUAAACCUUUGGACUCAAUUCUGGACAUUUCUGUUUUACUCCUGACAUUUUUUGUUUCAGAUGUUUUUCUGUCACGUGACUGAUCCGUUUUUCUUGUCAUUUUAACUCGGUUCUGUGAACACCAAAAGUAUCUCUCAAAUUUGUAAAAUUAAAAAAAUCUUUAAAAAAACACAUACCACAUGAAAAUAUAGACAUUUAUAAACAUUUAGUGAAAUACAGUAAUAUUCCACAAUAAAAGAGUAGGAUCAAGCUGAGAUUCAUAUAUAUGCAAAAGAUAUACAGCCAACAAUAAACAAAAUAAAAACAUGUUUGAAAAGAUUCAAAAAACCAUAAAAUUCAAACUAUUUUUCAAAUAUGAAAAUAUAAUGAGAAAUGCAAAACUAUUAAAAUAUAUUUUACAAGCACAAACAUUUCAAAAAGGAUAAAAUAGUUUGUAAAUGAAAACAAAAAUGAUGUAUUCAAUUUGAAAAAGUUUCGAAAACAAACAUUUCCACCAUGCAAAAAAGAUGUCUCCUUUUUAUAUAUGUAUUUGUCAAACAUUUUUGAGUUUUAAGUAUAUUUUUGAGUCUUGUGAAAUGUUUCUUUUACAUUAUAUUAUAUUAUAUUAUAUUCAUAUUUCAACUUUUUGUCAAAUCAUUGCUUUCUACAACAUAUCUUUGUGGGUUUUUUUUUAGUUCAUUCUAUUUUGUUGUAAUUACAGCUUUUUAUGAAAUACCUGUUCAUUAAAACAACUUUUGUGAAAUAUUUAUGGCGUUCACUCAAAUGCCCAGUUCCAAACUUUCAGGGUCACUGUGACUUUUGUUUGGAUGAGUGAUUAUUCCCUCGUCGUGAUCAGGUAAACAGACUCCAGCCCCUCACCUGUAGAGCGCUGAAGACUGUGUGCCUGUCUCUUUAAAAGGCGUGGCCACAGCGUGACAGCGCCAUACAAUGAUACGCAGCUAAUGAGCCAAUGUAGAACAUCCUGGAGUGGAGGUAUUUGUCUGAACUUGGAGCCUGAGCCCCGGAAAUCAAAACAAAGCCGUGGAGCAGAUUGGGCGUCUGUGAUUUAUUUUCUUCGCUUCUUGACUGAAAUAUCCGCGGACAGCCCGAAUACAAAGGAGGGCAGCAGGUCAAGGGAGCAGAGGGCUGUCUUAAAGUCUAGAGCAGACGCCUUCUUCCUUACUGUAUCUAGUUCUCUGAAUAACGCCCUCUUUUCAUUAUCAGACACCCAGUUUGAAAAUGGCCUCAGACGAGCUCUCCUCCAAGCUGAACCGUCGGCUCCAGAUCGAGGAAGGAGCGGAGGAACCAGUGGCCGUGGACUUGGCGGAAGCCCAGAACGGGUCCGAUGAUAAGCCGACUACGGCCAACGCGGACUCGGAGCUGGGGAAGAAGCUGCAGCGGCGCGAGGAGCUCAACGAGGGGCAGGGGGAGCACGUGCAGCCCAGCAUGAAGGUGUUCAACCCUUACACCGAGUUCAAGGAGUUUUCCAGGCAGCAGAUUAAAGACAUGGAGAAGAUGUUCAAAACGUAAGUGUCUGUGUGAUUGUGUCACUGUGUGUGAAGCUGCUGCCUGAGUGUGUGACAUGCCUCCAGGUCAGGGAUAGUCCACCUGCAUUCAUCUCAGUCUUAACAGGGAAGUAACCAUGAGAAUGAACAUAUAAGGAAGUGGAGCUGUCAGGUUAUCAUACACGUCACAUGUGCCAGAAAUGUGGAAAUACCACCCCAAUAUUACAAAAUACGGACAUAAAAUCAGUCAAGAGUAAACGGGCCUAAGAAAUGGGUAAAUCAUAACAACUCAAAUCAGUGUUCAGAUCAGUUUCUAUACACAAUAUAAUGUGCUUUAGGAUUUCUGUAGCUUGAGGAAUUACAGGGUGGGGGCCUAUAUCAGUUAGAGAUCAGGAAAUCUGACACACUUUACUGUGUAAGGUACAAUAACAGCGAAACAAAUGACUGAAACUACAAUAUAAUGCUGUCCUCACUUGGGAUACACAGUCAUCCUUUGCUGGGAUCAAAUACUGAUGCUAUGAUUUGAUAAUGAAAUAGCUCUUUUAACAGAUUUCCCAUCCAAUCUGACUCACUGGGUCUCAGGAUUUUCUUUUUUUAAUAUACCUGAAUCAAAAGGACUGAUGCCUUUUUUUUGAUACACUCAAGCAAACAAGACCCUCUGUGACAAGAUUGGUCAUUUUUGUUUUGUGGUUUUUAAUGUCUGAAGGUGGUGUGAAGGGGUAGGUGCCAGCCCAGCAGCUGUGAGCUGUGAGUUCAUUAUUAUUCCUACAUUAUAACAAACUGUGUUCAAUUCUUAACUAUAGACUGGAUUUGUCAUCGGCUUGACAAAUGGAGGAUUAUAGCCAUGAUGCUUCACAGGAGUUUUUUGUCCUUGAAGGCCACCAUUCUUCAAUUUCCGGCGGGGUGGGCAAGGCAGCUUUUCAGCAAAGGAAGAGGGAAGAGGGGUGUCUGUACUUUCAAACCCAGCCUUUAGCUUUUACAAAUUUUGGGGUGUAAAUGAUAAAUUUCUUUUCCUUUGAUAAACUCAGGAUUUAAUGUCUAAAUAUCACAGUUGGGCUUUUAAACCACAUUUUGGUUUUUAACAGAGCCUCCAAACUGUAUCUGCUGUUUUACAAACAACCUAAAAAUAUAGUUUUGGAAAUUCCUGAUCCCAGCGGUGAGGUCUCCUGAGGUCCUGGAGGCAUGAAAAAACACUGUGGAAACUAAAACUAUUUAUCACAAGUUUAUUUUUAAAAUAAGAUGUGAUAAAUGUUUGCUGACACCACAAAGACUCUUAUUAUAAUGUUCAGUUUAAAUUCAUGCAUCACAAUAGUAAAGAUAUAUAAGUUAGAGAUGAUCACAUUGAGAGCUGAACCCUGCUUUCACUGGCUGAGGGCGUAGCUUGUAGUGUACUCUCUGUCCUGUUUGUGUCAGGAGGUGUUUAUUCAGCUCUGUUGUCACUGCUUAAGCCAUAAUUGUUUAUCUGUGAGGUGCAUUAUUUGCUAACCACACAACGUUUAUUUUAAUAAGACAGCCAUUGUGUUGACUUGCUGUCCAGGCUUCUAUUAGAGCGACUGCAGAGUGAGUCAGGCUCUAAAACUGAAUCACAGCUGAAUGGCAGGAAUUCAGGGUGAGCCAGCGUUCAAUCUGACGCCUUGUUACAGCAAGCUGUCAGUGUGGGCGGUGGGCACUGGUGACAUGAGUGUUUAUUGUACCUCUGAUGACCACCUCCUGCUUCUCAAAAUGCAGCUACCAAACCUGCAGACUCCUGAUCAAACGUUUACUUGAUUAAAUCCUUGCUGGCUCCAUAGAAAUGUACAUUAUGAAGGGCUUUAGCAUCUAUAUCUUGUAACAUUUCAUCACGUAACAGGGACUCCUUUGUUCAUCCUGCUGUCCAUACAGUAUGUGCAUUUUUUCUAGCCGCAGUGCAUUAGCCUCCAGAGAGAGGCUGAGAUUGACUGUGAGGUUUUGUUAUCACAUGUAUAUGACUUGUGGCUGUCUCUGCCCAGAUUCCUCAGCUUCUUAUCGUGUUCGGGCCUGUCCACACCUCAGAAACCCUGUACUUACUAACAGAUCCUCUUUUUACAGCCUUCUUCAAAGGGGUCACAUCCAUUUAGGCGUGGACAGUUCAAGUGUUAAUUUACGAGUAAAAAUCCAAAGUAGGCCCUCUUUGUUUUAAGGUCCAACAUGCUCUUUAAACACCUCGAACACAGAUCUGUGGUGAGAAGAAAUUUGAAUAGUGUUGGAAAACUAUUUUGUGGUUUUCUGCUCUAUAUUCUAAAGACCAGGAUGUGGUUUCAGUGAGGUCGCACAAGGUUUUCUACUUCUUUCUGUUUAGCACGAAAUAAGCAAAAAUGGAGCUGAGGACAGAGUUAAGCCCCACUAUCAGUCACGACCCAAACACACAUCCCUGAUUAUGAAAAUGUACUUGUAACAUGUUGCUACUGUUGCAAAGUUAAAUGUAUUUCUGCUUUACUAUUUCAUUGUGGGCUUUUUGGUUCAGUCCAGACUCGGGGUACUGAUCUGAAUGUAUGCAUGCAGGACUGAAGGUGGUUUGAACCAAAGUCCCCACAUAGACCAGGAAGCAGGAAGUGUCUAAACAGCAGGGUGCAUCUUUCCUGUGUGAGCACAAGUCUGUAUGUGUCAGCCCAACCCUGCAGAGCUCUGACAUGCAGACAACAGAGGAGCAGGAUGCUGUAAAAACUCAGCAUGAUUAUUUUUACCUGCACGACUGUUAUGGUACAAAUAUUUACCUGUAAUGUAUCAAAUAGAUAUCUGAAGUUUGAUUAACCACAGAUCCCACGUUAUCCUUUUCUAUUCCGUUUUAAUCAUUUAAAUGUUUCAUUCUGAAGCUGUAAAAACACAACUCUCUGCUGGCGCAUGUUUUAGAAGCUCCUCAAAGUUCCUAAUGAAAGAAAAAAACAUUUUAUUAAUCAUUUGUUGUUACUCAAUAUGUACUUCACCAGGGUUUUUUUAAUGUUCAGAAUGGGUCGAAUAUAAAACCGUGCUGCUCAAUAAAUCUUCAGAUGAACUGUUUGUACCAGAGAAAUCAAGCUCUGAGCAGCUUCUUCUUUCAUGGGAAACUCUGGGAAAACUGCCUGUCUUUGCUUUUUCCCGCUGAAGUCCCUUUUGAAAACAAAUAUCCUAAAAUAGACGUGGAGCCGUGCCAAGUAGGGGGAGAAACUUGGAGAGUUUGCAGUACAGAGAGAUCUGAGAGGGCCAAUAACUACAACUACUCAUGAUCUGAUCUGGAGUCGGAUGAUAGUGCUUAUAAAAAGGUCAAUAACUGUGUGAUUCCCAGAUUUAGACCUCUAAUGACCACAAAGGGAGUAUUCAGGAAGAAAUGAGCUUUCCUAGACACAAACUGUCUGCCAAAGAGGAAAUGCAAUCUGAUAGGGUCAGACUUCCUCAGCACACUGAGCUGACAGCACUUGUUAGCCAACAUCAUGUGUAAAAAGUACCCAGAUUUCUCCUCACUCUGCUUUUGGUGAAGCUGAAACUCUGUACAGUCGUAUCUAAAACAGGACCAGGCGCCAAACACAGGACUUCAAAGUCCACCUUUAUUGUUCUUUCACAAUAUUACACAGUGAAAUGGAGCCGUUUCCCCUUCAGUGGUCCAAAGAAAGACCUCUCCAACUCCUGUCAGGAGAACAGUAUUACAGUUUUACAAAGUGUGAACUUUCCACAUGAAAAACAAAAACACUAGCAUUGUUUUUUUAUCUUAAAAUAUUUAUUAGAUAUUUGCAACAUUGGUAAGAAUUAUAACUAGUCAGGAAUGUCAAGGUACAGCUCUUGAUAAAGAAGACAAAAGCCUCAAAGAGCAAAUUAAUCUGUUUCUCUUUUAAAUUUGACGUCUCCAAACAGCUGUGAGGAGUCGCCAAGUUUAAGCCGCCUGCUGUGGUCAUAUUGUGUCAUUGUCGUAUCUUGUUCUGCUUUGAGGUGGAGUACACCCAAUGCUGUUUAGAAAAGAGGAUUUUAUCUCUUCAUGUGUAAAUAUUUUCCACCAAUCGCUGAUCUGAGAGUGUCUGUAAGGAGGGGGCAGUGAGGGGCCCUCAACUCUACAGGAAGGCAGCAUAUAUUUAAUCCUUUGAGGAGACUAAUGGUAUGUUAACUGCAUUUAUGGUUCAUGAACAUUAAGAGCAAUCUGAUUUCAUCACUUUGUUAUUGAUAUGAUAAAAUCAAGCCUUGUUAAAGGGAUUAUAAAAUAUAAAUCAUCAUUAUUUAACUCAAGAGUGCAAAAGUGUUUAAAAUAAAACCUUUGGGCUCUGGAGGUCCUCCACCAGGAAACCUAGAGCGUCACACUUUAUCUCUGUGUUUGGUGGAAGCUUUAUGGACCAACUUGUUGUGAAAUUGUAUUUCCUGUAUGUAAGCUUUCAUACAUUCUUGGUAAACAGUGUUUUUCCUCAUAAAAAACACCCGACACUGGGGCCAUGAGUGUUAUGAAAUCUAUUUAUUUUUAUUUAUUUUAUUUAUUGAAUUCCUCUUUGGUGAUAAAUGAAGUUCUUCUUAUCCUUAUUCUUAUUCUUCAAUUUUGGCAGAGGCCUCUGUUUGCAGUUUUAUUUGCAGGGGUGACCCAAAAUAGAUCAGAGAAAAUAGUACCUUUUAUCUUUACAUUAUUUGAUAUUGAGAUAAGGACGAAUAUUAAGAGUUCAAAUUUGCUCCAUAAUAUUCUGUUAUUUUUUACAAAACUGCUUGCAUGAUGAAACGACCCUCCUAAAUCUAAACACAUCUAAAAAUAUAUAUAUAUAACUAUGCUGAGUAUUUACGCUCAAUAACUGAUUUAAUAUGUUGAGAUAAAUUCUGACUGUAGCUAAAGGGAUAAUGCAAAAAUUUGAAAUAGUAUCAGGGCCAUAUUUUAAAAUUGUAAGAAAUGAUAAUUUGAAGUAUAAAGUCACAUUGCAAAUAGAGACAUUUAGUCACAUAGAUGAAGUGCUCUUGUGAGAUAAUGAGUCUUUUUAGUCAGUGAUUACCGUACAUCACAUCUGUUUUUAGAGGGGAUAAAAAUGUGUAGAAGGGUGCAUUUUAAAAUGCUCUUUUAAAUGCUCCAUUUCCUCAUUUUGGUGCAGACAGCUGGUUAUUUUUAUUAUUUGUCAGUCUUUUACCAAAACUUGUAAUUCAGUGACUUCAUUCUCGCAUUAUUAAGCUAUGGGUUGAUUAUGACUUUAUUCUCGUAUCAUUGUGGCUUUGUUCUCGUAAAACAACGACUUUACUAUUACUUUCUUUUCCUAACAGAACUAUUUUAAUGUCGUACGACUUUUUACCCUUGAUAUAACACUCUAAUUCUUGAAAAAAAAAUAUAUGUAUUUAUAUGUAAGUGAAGAAAUGUGGUGUGCAACAGGAAAAAAAAAGCUGUGCCUGUUCUCUCUUUUCCUCACAGCUGACUGACUGCUGCAUGAAGCACAUGCAAGUGCUGUCUGUUUUGACAGUUGCACAGAUUGUCUAAAAGAGACAACUUGUUCUUUUAUCUGGCUGAAUUUUGACGCACCCUUCCAGUCAUAGAAAAAGCACGUACACAGAGUGUGGUAAAUGCUGUUGAUAGAAACCAAGUUUUAAAAUCAUCUGCCAAAAGUUCUGAGGUUACAUUGGAGUUCCUGCAUAUUAUACUUGGUUCAUAAUUUGAUUUAUGCAGAUAUUUAAAGGUAAAGACACUCAUGCUUGUAUCCCUCAUGUCCAACUACUCAGGCUGCCAGGUAGAGAUCCAAAUUUGCUUUAAUUCAACAUUUUAAGUCUGUCUUUUGAUUCUUUUUUAGACUCUAAAGCCCACUAGCUCGUCUCUCCUCCAAAAGUUAGUUCCUGAAACUCGUCUCCAGGGCAGGAAAAUAACAGAGUAAAAGCAAACAAACAAAAGGAGAACUUGAAGUUCCUGCUGAGGCCUUAGGAUUCAUUUUUCAGUAUGAGGAGUAGUUUCAGAAGAAGCAGUAGACAAUAAGAUCUGCAGGGUCAAAGAUGAAGUGGAACAAUAUUUUAUCACAGAGUGAAUUGUGUUUUUUUUCAAUCCUUCUUAUCAGAAGUGAAAUAUCUUAUCAGACAAAUGAAGCUUAAACUGUCUGAAGGAACACAGCAUACACUCUGUGGGAGGUGUGAGUUUUUCUGCAGCCGAGCUGUUAUAAAACAUUUUUUUUUCUUCAGGUAUGACACCGGCAAAGACAACUACAUAGACAUGAUGGAGUUGAAGCUGAUGAUGGAGAAGCUCCAAGCUCCUCAGACUCACCUCGGCCUGAAGAACAUGAUGAAGGAGGUGGACGAGGAUCUGGACAACAAGCUCAGCUUCAGAGAAGUGAGACAAACCAGAUUAGAGCCAGACCCAGGAUGUGAUCAAUCUCUUCAGUAUGAAUACAUGUCUCUGUGCUCUUCCUGUCUUCCUCAGUUCCUGCUGAUCUUCAGGAAAGCAGCAGCAGGAGAGCUGGCAGAAGACAGCGGCCUCAGUGCCCUCGCUCGUCUGUCUGAGAUCGACGUCUCUGAAGAGGGAGUCAAAGGAGCCAAGACCUUCUUUGAAGCCAAAGUGAGACACUCCAAAUUUUUGAUAUGAAAGUGUUUUGUUGCAGUUUCCACAGAAACUGGAGAGAGAGAGUUCACCACGCACAUUUGCACUAAAUCAUGCAUGCAGUAAAUCAAUGCUUUCUUUAUGGGGAAACGCUAAAUCUCUGCAAAGAUGGUGCAGUUUGGAGUUUGUAGUGAAAUCUGUUUGCAAAAUAUCAGGAACAAUGUUUUAAUCAUAGUUACAAUGAAGGUAAAUAUCUCUGCAGUGAAAGGAGCACAUUAGAGCAGUGGUUACCAUUAGUGUCCACACAGGAUGCAUUCAAGCACAGUCCUGACUGUGGGUAAGCCAUGCUUUAGUAUUGCGGUACAAUACUCACUCACUUACAGGAAAAGGUCAACUUAAAGCCUUACAGUUAGCUUUGGGCUGCUGUUGCACUUAAAAUCGUUCAAUAAAACAGAAGUGUCAGGGCUCGACACUCACUUUUUUCACAGGGAGCACAUGUACUCCUUAGUUGAAAAAUUAAGGAGCACACAAAGAACUUUAGGGGCACAAUAAAAAUGGAUCAAAAUGUGUGUCUUAUUGGUCGACAUAAGUACUAUUAUUUGAAAUCAAUUUAAGCUUAAUUGGUCACAUGACAUGGAAGCUAUUGAAGGAAAAAAGCCUUUUUUGAGAACAUCAACCAGUAAUUUAUUGAUGGUCUCUUAUUCAACAACCGACUUUGACAGCGAGUGUGGCGAGUAGAUUUAACUGCGCUGCUCUUACUAUUACCGGUCAUGGGGAGAGAGAAGACACCGGUAGAUCCGCCGUGAAUGUCUGUCGAAUAUCCAACCUAAAGCUAACUUCACUUCAGUAUUUACAUGAAAAAACAUUUGUUGCCUUGGCUGAUUUUUUUAUGCGUGUGCCACUAGACACAUUUUAUAAUUUGCACAAAUCUAUUUUUAGUCACGAAUGCAAGUGAAAUGGUCGCACUGUCGAGCCCUGAGUGUAUUCUUCUAUAAAAUGUGCAAAUAUUAGAAGUUGCAUCCUGUUCUCUGUUGAAAAAAAGCUAAAGGUUGAUUUAAGAGACAGCUGCACCGACAAGCGUGAAAAUUACUGUCAGUGUCAAGUCUUAUUUAAUGACUGACGUGCAUGUUUGCGUUCCCACAUUGUUUGUUGCUGUUUGAUUACAUGUCGGAGCUCAUUACCGCGGCAGAAGUUGAUUUACUGGCUAAACAUGUCACUGUAAUAAGCACCAUCCAUCACUUUGCUGAUCAUAAGGGUGUGUUACAUUAAUGCAAGAAAAACAUUUAGCAGACAGUCAGUAUGCUUUUGGCAUAGCUGAGAUCUGAUGAGGUUUGAGGCACCGUGAGAGCCGCCAUAGAUGAAUAGACAAAAUGAUGAAAUAUAAAGGUGCAAAUUUUGUCAUUGAAAAGUGGUCGCUAAACGUUUUCUGCAGAAUCUCCCUUUAGCAGGUGAGAAUAUCUGCAGCCCUCCUCCCCUCUCAUCAUCAUACACAGGCUCAAACACAUGCUGCAUGUCCAUGUGUACAUAGAUACUAAGGGUUAGGGUUAACUAUCUUGUGUAAGCAUAGUUCUGCAUCUUGAGGAUUAUUUGUCUGCAACAAGCUCUUUGCACAAAUAAAGGGAUUGAAAGUGCUGCUUUAAAAUCCGUCUUUACAUGGAUUGAUGGAGGUCAAGCUGAGAGUAAGGAAUGACUCAGCAUAAUUUCUCAUAGAGGUACAGACAUUUGUAAAGGCCCAUCAGCCUAGUGCUCAUUUGUUUUUUGUAGGGCUGAAACGAUUACUCGAGUAACUCGAGUAACUCGAUUAAUAAAAUUCCUCGAGGCAAAUUAUAUGCCUCGAGGAAUCGUUUAAAUCCGGAACCAUGUGCAGCGCACGGUGUUUGACACGGACGGUUAUUUCUGUUGCGCAGAAGCGUGCUCUUUCCGCUCCUUCCGCUGCCGCGCGUUUGGUUCAAUCAUGGAGGGAAACGAGGACAGACAGAAGCUGUGUCCGAAAUGGCAUACUGCCUGCUAUCUACUUACCUACUCAAGCAGUAGCUACUGCCUACUGACUACUCAAAGAUGAUUUGAGUAUGCUGCGGCUGCCCGAGCGUUUACACACAUACAUACUAAAUACCCCAGAAUGCAUUUCGUGCCGGCCGGACGCAGCGCCGGGAAAAUUUAAAUAGUCCUACCACAAGCUACAUAGAACGACUGCAUACCGGACAAAUUAUAUAAAUUCAUUCAAUAAUAAUAUUUUUUCUAGCGAGAAAGUAAGUGUUUACAUCACGAUUAUGAGCCCAGUUGUUUGAAAUAGUGGCUGUUUGUAAAUUUGUCUCGGCGUUUUCGGAGACCGAAGCGUCCACUUGGUCGGUGUUUGCGUCUAUUUACCGUAAACACCGGGCAGCAGCAGCUCCCCCUUCACGUUUCCAAAUUAUUGCGAAGUGUUUUCAUAAUCAACAUCUACACGACACAAACCGGGCGGCAGUGGAUGAAAAAAAUCACACAAACAUCCGUGUAUCCAUGGUGAUAAUGCUAUACACCACCUGCUAGGCGUGUGAUGAGCAGCAGAGGGCUGCAAAAUGACCAACACACAACAACAUGUAAAUAAAAAUGUAACACUUUUAUAUAUUGAAUAAAUGUACAUUUGCUUGUCAAAUUAUGUUAGUAUCCAAGAAUUAUAUUAUUUCAGCCUAUUAAUUAAACAAGUAAAAUUAGAUCCAAAGCCUGGAAAUAGUUGUGACUGGUUUAGUGAAAACUGCAAAGAUCAUUACCAUAGCAAUUAAAAGACCAUCUGCAGACCUUGCCUUCAGUAGUUUCAUGUGAACUACAUGGUAAAAUGUAAAACUUUUGGUUCCUGAUUUAUGCAGUAAAAAUAUUCAUUUGAAAGACCUGGCCUAUUUCAGUUUUGUGUGUUACUGAUGGUUUUUAAUGAGGCAAACGUGAUUCAAUGCAAAGUAUUACAGUGAGAGCAAAACAUUUCUUAUCCGAUUACUCGAUUAAUCGACAGAUUAAUCGAUAGAGUACUCGAUUACUAAAAUAAUCGAUAGCUGCAGCCCUAGUUUUUUGUCUUUCAUAAAAUUACCCUUACUUUUGCUGCUAGCAUUAACUGUUAGUAUUGUUGUCAUGACGUCUCCCCCAUCAUAACUCCAGGAAGUUUGUCUAUAAUAUCAAAUGCAUACAGGCUGCAAAAUAUGUGCUUUGUUGGUGCAGCUGCAGAAUCAAGCAUAUUGGGGGAAAAAAAGCUUUAAGAUGUUUCAUUGGUGAAAGAGCCAGUUUCAAGAUGGAGCUGUUUGUAAAUUUCUGAGAUUUUUUUGAUUCAGUAAGACGUGUGAAUUUCAGUUCUACUUUGUGGUUCCUUUGAGCAGAAAGAGUCUUUCAGGACUAAACCUCAGUGAGGAUUUAGUGAGAGACAGACCAGCUAUGCUAACACAACAGCUCAUAGUCAUUUGUGACACUUUUGUGCCGCAAACAAAUUCAUGAGAGAUUAAAGAAAGAUGCACUCCAAAGUCUGGGAGAGGAUCAGAGAGGCCCAGAAUCUAAGGAGCUUGAAGUCCAGCGUGAAGUUUCCACAGUCUGUGGACUUUUGGCCGUGUCAUCUGCUGUUGUUGGUCUUUAUUGUUCUAUCAAUUCCAGAGUCAACACAGCCAAAAGUCUACCAGGAGAUAUUCGAGACCUUAAUGCUUCCAUCUGCUGAAAAGCUUUAUGGAAAUAUAGAUUUCCUUUUAACACAGGACCUGAACCUGCCCACAGCGCCAAAACUACCUGAGACUAGAUUUCUGACUGUAGUGUUACUGUGCUGUCCUGACCAGAACCCUAGAAGACAAUCUGAUGAGAAACACCAGAGCAACAACACAAACAACCUGAAGGAGCAAUCAAAGCAACCUGGACUUCAAUAAAAGCCCAGCAGAGCCGCAGACUGAUGACCUUCAUGCCACAUAGCAUAGAUGCUGUAAUUCUUGAGCCCAGACUAAGCAUCGUGUUAAGUUUAUCUAACACAUAGAUAAACUUAACACGAUGACUUUUCUGUAUCAUAAAUCUGAUGUUUUAUAAUAUUUACGUGUUUUGAGACAGUGGGUUAACCAUAGUAAUCAGGAUUCAAACAAAAAAGUCUUGAAAUAUUUCACUUUGAUUUGAUGAAUCUAGAAUAUAUGGAAGUUUCACUUUUUGAAUCAAAUUACAGAGAAAAAAUGAACUAAUAUGGUGUAAAUUUGAAGGAGGUCCCAGACCACAUCUGGGGGUUGUAGCCCACUCUGAGUUCAUGCACAAGGCCAGCGUCUAUUUAAGUCCAGGAGAAGCUGGGAUUUUUGAUGUUUUUGUUCACAUAUGCAGCUCACUGAGAGUACUGAGUUAGGGAGGGACUUGCUAAUACAAUGCUGUUAGUAAUCACAGGAUGCAGCUUUCUUUCCUUGUUGACCCUUACAGGCACAGAUCUCCUAAACCUUGUUUUAAGUUUUCAGCUCUUAGCACCAAGCUCCAUCACCUGACAUCUAUGUGUGUUUCUUCCUGCCCAACAGGUCCACGCUAUCAAUGAGUCUAACCGGUUUGAAGCAGAGAUCCGUCAGGAGCAGGAGGCCAAGAAGAAGCAGCUGGAGGAGCAGAAACAGAGACGCGCUGCUUUCAAAGAACUGCAGUCGGCUUUCAAGUGACCCAGCUCACCCCAUCCACGCUCUCUCCUCUCAGGACCGGUCUCUGUCUGUGCUGCACUAACGCUGUUAAUGUGUGUUUGGAUGCUUCAUGUUUGUCAGACUGUCUUUGUACCCAAUCAAACACAGGCUGGUCGUCAGGCGACGAGGGCUGAGUACAAUAAGAGAAAUCGGCACUGUCUGUGCUUCUGCAGAUUCAAGGGAUCAUCGAUUAUUUAUCAUUUAUUCAUUCAGCUCUGAAGCUCAGGUGAAUCCAUACAAGUCGACUCCAGCUGGACUCCGAGCUGAGCAGACUGUAUAUGAGAAGUGGAAAUAGCCUCCAUGAUGUUAGCCAUUAGUUUGUUGUCCGCAGUUCUGUAGCCUUAAUUAUGCAGGGUUUGCACACAUUCCUUCACCUCUGUGUCCAAAGUGCAUCCUGUUUCUGCAACUAUUUGACUCUAAAGGGACCAUAAUCUACAAAAUAAACGCCAAAGUGAGCUGAAGAAAACUUGAAACGAGAGGUUUAAGGCACAAACUAAUGCAAGAGUAAAUCAAGUGAGGGACAGGAGGUACAUACUUGUGCUGGCAAACCAGAUUUCUACUUUCAGCCCCUUCAGGCAGGAAAAAAAAAUGCAGGUUUGACGCAUUUCUUUUGUGGCGUCUCUUAAGGGACCUUGGGGCUACAUCCGCUCCUCAUAUACAGUCUGUGGUACUGAGCUAAAUGAACGGAUCAUUACUACACAACAGUGUCUCAAACACCAAAGAGCUAAUUUUAUACAUCUAUACAAACGCUGUGGGAGCUGACGCGGACAGCAUCUGCAGAAAAUGGUUGAAACAUUCAUCAUUGUGACUGCAGUGCACGUAAAUCCUGCCUCAUGACAAGGUUAAUUGCUGUGCAAUGUUAAAGCGAUAUAAAGAUAAUUCACCGUCAAAUUGUAAUUUUAUUCCUUGAUUUGGCCUUCCUGAAUUGUAAGCAAGUGUCUCGUUUUUACCACUUAAAGGGACAUUGCAGAUUUUUUAAAGUGGGGUUGUAAGAAGUACCUUUCAGUAGCAAGUGUAUUCCCCACAGGUGAUCCCAGUCAGCUCCACAGCUCAGAGGAGCCACAUAGAAGUGUGUUUAGAAGUACGUUUUCAGCUCUUAUAAUCCCUGAUAUAACGAUUAGUCAACAAUAUAUGUUGACCCAAUGAAAAUACACUUUUAUGUGACUGUAUUCACCACACGGGUGCAUCUCAAAAAUUUUGAAUAUUCCUUUUUAAGAUGUAUAUCGGCAACUUGCACAUCCUAGAGGAACAGUGCAUAAACAAGCUGGCUUUCUGACGGAAAAGUUAAGUGCAUAACAUUUUCCAAAGAGUGCAUUCACUCACACCAACAUUAGUGCUUUAGUUGGAGUGCCUUAAAAUGAGCUGAACUAUGUGGUAGAGCUGACCUCAUCUGCAGCACUUGAUAAUCAAGCUUCUGAUCUGGUUUCUCUACAAAGGGGCCGAGCCAACCUGGAUCCCCUGUGGCUGAUACACUCACUUUUGACAGGUACCUCAUACAACCACACUUUAAAAAAAGAACUAUUCCUUUAAGAUGCUUGCAGUGGGAAGCCUUCAGCCUUGACAUCAAGUGCCUUCUGGCUUGAGAUGUUAAACCUGUUAACUGCAGAGAAAAAGUCACCCUGCGUCCAGUCAUUGUUCUGCAAUUUUCUGCACCGUAAUUCCCAGAGUUGGCUAGUCAUAAUGUUGCAGCAACAAAACUGCUUCAAAAAGAUGUGAUGCAUCUGAACACAUCGAUGAAAUGUUAACUUGAACUCGAACUUACAACCUGGAGCCAAGUUGGAAACUGAAAGUGUGCAGAAAACUGGUAUGCAGCAUUUAAAUGAAUUAGAUCCGUUUUCCUCCGUUUAUUCCCAUGUUUGUAAAAGUUAAAUGUUGUUUAAACUUUGUUGCACGUUGAGGUGAUUUUCCUGCUCGUGAACUACUUUUCCAUUAUUUGUCAACAACACAUAAAAGCAGGGGUACGCGUUUGCAUUGACUCGUGGUGUUUGCACUUGUGUCUCUGUCUUGUUUCUACUGUGCACGUCAGCUUUCCUUUGACUUCUGUGUCUCUUAGUGACACUUUGCAGACAUAUCCGUCACACUGUCAGUGUUAACUGUUCAACCAUGAUCAAAAAGCCGAGCUUUUAAUUUUUUACUGUCAGCUCUGUAUUUUUGUAUAAUGGGGUUGGGUGGGUCGUAGGUAGAUUUUGAUAGUUGUUGUGUGGGAAUGUUGUGGCCAGUGUUUGCAUGAGACAUGUUCGGUACUUAAUAUAUUUUCUUGUAUUUUUGAACCUUUCCUCUCUACUUUGGAUCAUUAUUUCUAUCAAACUUCAAAUCAAAUCUCUCAAAAUGAGCAAUCAGGACCGGGAAAGUUGCUAUUAGGACGCUUGGCCCUGUUUCACAUUCUGUCUACUUCUUUAUCAGCAGCAGGACAGAAAGCACACAGAAGUCCUGGGCGCCCUUUAAUUUGGUUUUAGGAUCAAUAAAACAGUGUUUAUAAAGGUGAAAUGUUUUCAUACCUGACAGAAAUACUCACCAAACAUGCCGGAAAGGUUAUUUUUAAAGAAGUAUUCUCUCUUUUUAAUGAACAAUGAGGUUUAACUCUGAAUUUCUGCUCUGUUGUGGCAGUACUUAUAUCAUUUAUAGUGUUAAAGAGCUCACUGUGUUUCAGUUUGACCUUGACAGAUUGUGUCAGUAUAAAAAAGAAGAGGAAGUGUUAGUUCCUGCAGAGAUGUGAAUACUUCUUCCUCUUCAGCAUAACUCUGUGUUCUCGUCUUAUCAGAACAAGCAGAGUGUUUUCUCUGCAGAGAUGCCAAUCAGCUCAUUUCUCGUCACUCUUUUGCUUUUGGGGCUUCUUGUUUUUUCCUUAAUCAAGUUAUUUGUUUUUUACAAAGAGGUUUGCACUCACUGUGACGUUUGUGUCCCAAACAUAAGAGGGUAGAUUUAACCCUUAAAGAAGUGUCAGCUGUAAUCAAACAUAAUCUUCCUGACCUCAACUUCGUGUGUUAAUCCAGGGCUCAGGUGCUCAAAAAUAAUCUGACAGGACUAAAGAUAUCAGAUUGAUCAGAUCUUGAGAAUGGGUUCUUCAAAUUAACAAAUUAGGAUUGGAAAAAAAAAAUCAGAUGAUCAGGUGAUCUAAUCUUUUUGUUUCUGCCCUAUUAAAAAUCUUAAGUUUAUGUUCACAACUUUUUGAGGUGGAUUUUGUUUGAGGGUCAGAUUUACAGAUAUAAAAUGUGAAAAAAAAAACGUAUAAAUUGGUCUGAAAUUAAGUGAUGCUGGUCAUAUUUUCUCAAGUGUUUUGUUCUGGCACUGACGAAUCACCACCAUCAAUCACUCAACAUUUAUGGCCACCGUACUUAAGCACUGUGAAAAUAUCAAAAUUUAUCAAAUAUCUGGCAAAAUAACUUUUAACAUCAAACAUAGAACUUCAACAAACUCAGAGGAUCUUUAGGUGCAUUCUGCUGCAAAUAAAGUCUGGAUGUAGGUUUUACAGACACCAAACUUAUUUUUAUUUCAUAGAAAGAAUUAAAAGAAAUAAAAAAUGAUCAAUCUCAGCUAUGUCUGCUUCAAGUACUUUCAAAAUAAAAGCACAUAUCUUUGCCUGUUAAAUUCUUUAACCCUUGUAUCAUGAAAGUAUAGAGCUGAAGUUUCUCCAAUGUUUCCAUGACUGAGUGAAUCAAAGCUGAUCAUUUCUCAGGUGUUGUGGUUAAUUCAGGCAUUUUUUAAAGAGACCAAACAGCCUCACUUUAAUUCUUCCUCUGAUUUUAUAUCCUGAAGUCUUCCUCACUUUCCCUCUCAGGUGCUUCAAUGUCAUGAUCACCUGUUCAGUGUUGAAACAUCAUUUCCUCCUGUUUCCUGACAGAAACAUUUUUCUUCACCUUUUUUAUUUUCACUCUGACCGGUGUUGUAUCGUCCUCAUAUUGUUGUAUAUUUCACAAAACGCAGCUGUACAAAUAAUUACAGUGGAAUGAUUUCAAACAAUUAAAAGUAAAGCAGUAAUUUUACACCAUCUUUUGUCUGUGUUAUCAAAUGUUUAUGAUUGAUUGAUUGAUUGGUUGAAAAUGAUCUGAACAAACAAGAAAACUAAAUGGUCAUAUAUGCCUAUAUGACCACAUGACACAUAAUAUUCAAACAGGAUGAUUUGGAUUAUAUAUCUGAAAAGUAUACAAUUAGGAAACUCUCCUCUUGAAUGAUUCAUUGAACCCCACGUGCCUUCACUUAAGCAGUAAAAAUACCACAGAUAUUAAUGAAGAAGUCAUUCCUCUGUCACAGCAGUCUCUAAAUAUGUAAAUAUGAUCUUUAGGAUUAGCUGGAAAUCACCCAACUCACGUUGUUAUUAUUUAUCUACUAUUAAAAACACCAUCAUUUACCA